AUGACGACGUCAGAUAACAAUUCGGUGAUUGCGGCUGAUUUUCUCGCUGGCAUGCUAGGAGGAGCCGCCGGAGUCCUUGCUGGUCAUCCGCUGGACACGGUCAAGGUGCGACUUCAGACGCAACACAUGACCGUCGGCGGUCCGGCGCCACAAUAUCGCGGCACGUGGCAUUGUUUCUCGAAGAUAGUCAAAAAGGAGGGCUUCAAAGGGCUAUACAAAGGACUAUCGUCGCCGCUUGCUUCUUUGUCCGGAAUUAAUGCGAUAGUUUUUGGUGUACAUGGUUCGGCAUGCCGCGAAUUCAAGAAUCCUGAUUCCCUGGAAGCUCACUUUUUUGCAGGAGCCGCCGCUGGGGUCGCGCAGAGUGUUGUUGCGGCUCCGACGGAACGCAUCAAACUUCUACUUCAAAUUCAGAACGACGCCGCACACACGAAAUUUCGUGGACCCAUCGACGCCAUUCGCCAACUUGUCAAACAGCAUGGAAUGUUGUCGUUAUCAAGAGGAUUAUUAGCAACCGUUGCGCGCGACGCCCCAGCCUUCGGCAUCUACUUCUCCUCGUACGAAUGGAUGGCCAGAAAAAUGAGCAGAGACGGAAAAAUGGAAUCGCUGACGAGUAUGCAGUUGCUUCUCGCAGGCGGUGGAGCUGGUAUGCUUUCAUGGAUGUUCAAUUACCCGGCCGAUAUCAUCAAGUCCAGAUUUCAAGCUGAAGAAUCAUAUCGAAGUUACUGGCAGUGUAUUCGUGAGACUUAUGCGGAACGAGGAAUGCGCUCAUUCUUUGUUGGCCUCAAUUCAGCCCUCAUAAGAGCAUUUCCCUCAAACGCCGCAACAUUCUUCACCGUAGAAUGGACGUAUCGGAUAUUGCUGGACUUCAAUCUGCUGGGAAUGUCGAAGGAACCGAAAUCCGAUAUCCAACAACAAAUUCAACAGCAAACAGCGCAACUGUAG